UUACAAUGAUGCGGGGAAAAUACUUUUACUAAUUCAGAUUGUCGAUCCAAUCUUGAAGAUUGACGCUUGCUUUGAAUAUUUCAACUUUUUUCAUUCAAACUUUCUGGGUGUCAUCAAAUUGUUUGGAAAUGGACUAGAACUUGGUUGAGAACUCCCCCAACUUUCGUGCCAAUUGCACUAUAUAUUGUUUUGUUAAGAGCACAAUCUCCCUUUCUUAUAUCUGUAGCUAAAUUUGAUAUAGGUAAAUCCUUUGUGUUAGCCCUAAGAUCGUUAUUGAAAAAUUCAAUGAGGGGAGAAGAAAGAUUUUAGACAACACCACCCUUAUUUUAUAGUAUUUGUGUAAGGAUAAAUCUAUGAUAUUCCAAAAAACCAAACUUUUUCAAAGAGAGUUCCUUUGGUCGGACUUCAUUUACAAAUUUGCUAGGUCGGUCCUUUUGUGGUGGUAAUCAGAAAUGGAUGAGAUAGUAGGGGUAUUAUUGAUGCGUCCAUUGUCCAAUUACAUCCAACAAGAGCUAGCGAAACGUUUCACCCUCUUCAAAUACUGGGAAAUUCCAUCUGAAUCUCUCAAACUGCACUCGGACGUUAUCCGAGCAGUGGUGGGGAAUGGAGUUCAGGGAGCCGACUCUGCUUUAAUUGAUUCGCUGCCUAGAUUGGAAAUUGUAUCGAGCCACAGUUCUGGGCUUGACAAGAUUGAUUUGGUGAAGUGCAAAGAGAGAGGGAUUAGGGUCACUUCCGCACCCGAUGGUCCCACCGACGAUGUUGCAGACACGGCUAUUUUACUCACAAUCGCAACUUUGAGGAGGAUUUGUGUAGCUGAUCGCUUCGUCAGGAAUGGGAUUUGGAAGGAAAAGGAUUUCAAUUUGACCGCUAAGUUUAGCGGCAAAUCAGUAGGCAUUGUAGGCUUAGGGAGAAUUGGUUCAUCAAUUGCCAAGAGAGCUGAAGCUUUUGGAUGUUCAAUCAGUUACCAUUCACGUUCACAAAAAUCAGAGUCAACGUACACUUAUUAUUCACGUGUUAUCGACUUGGCCUCCAAUUGCCAGAUCCUUGUCGUUGCUUGUGCCUUAACUGAUGAAACUCACCACAUCAUCAACCGUGAAGUUAUAGAUGCAUUGGGUCCAAAUGGAGUUGUCAUCAACAUUGCAAGGGGUUCUCAUAUUGAUGAACCUGAGCUGGUGUCUGCUCUUGCAGAAGGCAGGUUGGGAGGAGCAGGGCUUGAUGGUCUUGAACAUGAACCGGAAGUGCCUACGCAACUAGCUAGUCUUGAUAAUGUUGUACUAUCACCUCAUACUGCAGCAGGCACUGUGGAGACCCGUAAGGAAAUGGCUGAUCUUGUCAUUGCAAACUUGGAGGCAUACUUUUCGAACAAGCCAUUACUAACUCCUGUUCUUUGAGACUUUCUGGUAAAGGUCUGAUGAUCGUGGAAGUACUAGGAUGGGUGAUCCCCGGGAAAUCCUCAUGUAGUCGUGUUGCCUCCCUCCUUUUGAGUUUUGGAUCCUAUUCAUGCAAAGACUUGGUUAUUUUUGGUUAUAAAGAAAAAAUCUGAUGAUCUCAGACUUGGUCAUCAUUGAUUUUUCUACUUUCAUAUGUCGUUUUGUAACAUGCUAAGUAUGUGAUGAAUCUAUGUUGCUUGGAACAUCCAAAAAUGUUGUCACACUCGUGUUAGAUGGCUUUUGGAGGAUCUGACACACAACCAACAGUAGUUUGAAGAGUCUAUUGUUGCUAAAUGCCAAUGAAAAGGUUGAUUUGUAUAGAUGAUUUUGUUCUCAUACUGGUUCAAGGUAAUGUAAAACUUGAGCCCUUGUACCUGUUGUUUUCAGAUUCUCAGAAAGAGCAGGUUUGGAUCCACCACAGAUGGAUGUGCUUGCUAACACCUCAAGAGGAAAAUAUAAAUGAACCUGAACCAUGCCAAUUGGUCCCAAAGUGUGCGCAAGUUGGUCUAGACACCAUCAUUAUUAGAAGUAUAAUAUAAUCAGUGUAAUUCAUAUUUCAGAAAUCUAACUUUUCAUUCCAAGUGGCGACAAAUUCUGUCCUCUUUAAGGAUUCAAAAAUUUCUCCUUGAUAUGUAUUGAGAAAGCUCUUUGAUACAAUGGGCAUGAGUUUAAUAAGGGAAACAAGAUAUGCCCAUAUUCAUCUCA